AUGUAAUAAUAGAAUGUAAUUACUGAUGGAUAAUCUGUCGAUGAAAACAUUUAAAAACUUUAUUAGUUAAUAGAGUUUAAAGGUAAAGGAGCAUAUGGAAUAAUUUGGAAAGCAAUUAACAGACAGACAAAGAAAAUUGUUGCUUUGAAAAAGGUUAAUACAAAUAGGUAUCAUGAAGGUUUUCGAUGCAUUUUCAAAUGAUACUGACGCAUAGAGAACAUAUAGAGAAGUGAUUUAUCUAUAAUAAUUGACGUAGCAUGAGAACAUAGUAAAACUGCAAAGUAUUCACAGAGCAAUAAAUAUGAAAGAUUUAUAUAUGACAUUUGAAUAUGUAGAAUCAGAUCUUCAUAAAGUAUAAAUAGAAUUGAUAAUGAUAGGUAAUAAGAGCAAACUUAUUAGAAGAAUAACAUAUGAUAUACAUUCUUUAUUAAUUAUUAAAAUGUUUGAAAUAUAUUCAUUCAGGUGGUUUGAUCCAUAGAGAUUUAAAACCAUCAAAUAUAUUAAUAGAUUCAGAUUGUAGAAUUAAAUUGGCAGAUUUCGGAUUAGCGAGAUUAGCAACUGAAAUAGAUGAAUUUACUGUUAUGACAGAUUAUGUAGCAACAAGGUGGUAUCGUGCACCUGAAAUAUUAUUAGGGUCUCCUAUAUAUAAUUAUUCAGUUGAUAUGUGGAGUAUAGGUUGUAUAUUAGGAGAAAUGGUUUUAUCCAAAUCAAUCUUUACUGGUUAAUCAACCUUUAAUCAAUUAGAAAAGAUUGUUGAAGUUCUUGGCAAACCUUCAUAAGAUGAUUUAAUAUAAAUUAAUGCACCUAUGUCUGAUAAAAUAUUUAGAGAAAUCUAAAUGCCUAAAAGAAAGUCUUUAUUUACUUAUAUCAAAUCAUCAGAUACUGUUAUUGAUUUUAUUGCUAAAUGUUUAACUUGGAAUCCUAAUAAUAGAAUGACUGUUGAUUAAGCACUUUCACAUCCUUUAUUAGAAGAUUUUAAAGGAACUGAAUCUGAAAAUAACUAUCCAUCUAAAAUUACUAUUGAUUUAGCUGAGAAUAUCAAAUUAGAUAAAAAAAAAUAUAGAGAAAUAUUAUAUAAAAUGGAUUUAAAUUACUAAAAAUAACAAUAUAUUAAAUAAUUAAGUAAUGAAGAAUAAAUACCAUCCUCUUUUAAAAGUAAAAAACUUGCAAAUUAAAUAUAAUAUACUUAUCAUAAAUAUUUAAAUAAUGGUAUUGAUUCCAAAUAUCAAAGAGUUUCUAAAUCUUAAUCUAAGUAAAAUCAAUUACAUUAACAUUAUUAAUCUUAAAUGGAUAUUUAAAGUUAAAUACUUUUAACCCAAUCUAUUUAAUAAUAAAAUCAAUAAAUUAUGAAAUAAAAAAUCUAAUAGAAUAGAAUUAAAACACUUCCAGAUAAUUAUAUUGACAUUAUCAUUCCAACUGAACCUAAAAGUCCAAAUAGAGGAAGAUAUUUUUCUUAGAAUAAAAUUAUAGUAUAACCUUAAGUUCCUUAAUCAUCUACACCUAUUAGAAGUAAAUCAAUCAAAAAUAGAAUUUAUAAUGAAUCUUCUGAUUAAUGGUUACAAAAAUAAGAAAAUGAUUCUAAAAAGAAAUUACUUACAACAUAUCUAAGUCAAAAAUAAAAAAGACCUAUUCAUUAAAAUUUUAAAAAAGUAACCAUACCAAAUAAACUUAAUAUGGAUCAAUAUUUCAUUAAAAAAUAUCCUACUUAAACUAAUUAUAUCGAUACUUCAAGUUUAGUCUCAAUUCCUAAAUGA